UCAACACAGAAAGGUGCAUCAUGGGUUAACUAGAUGUCAAUGAGGGAAACGCCUACAGCUCAAAGCUAGAACAUCUCGGGAAAAGUCAGAAAAUUCAGCAACAGAAACUAAUUGGAGUUUUAAACUAUACAAACAGUAGCAGGCAUGUCGUGAAACAUUGAAACUGUUGCCAAGAACGACCCGCAGCGUCAGGGACGCACAGCUUCAAAGACAAAUCCCAUUGAUUUUGUAACGACAGCUGAAUCAGGAUGACGGAAUCCAACUCAACAGCUGCAAAAGAAUUGACAGAAAUUAUGGAAGCUACUAUGCAGAAUCUUCACAGUAAAUUUCAAAGCAUGUCUGACCAGAUUGUUUCAAAAAUGGAUGACAUGGGGACUCGAAUUGAUGACCUGGAGAAGAAUGUUGCCGACCUCAUGACCCAGGCUGGUAUGGAUGAGCAGCAGACUCCUAAAUGACCAAGCCAUCAGGUUAACACAUAUCAGAUCAGCUAACUUCACUUGAUUUCUGAGGUUCCACUAAAGACAGAUGUGGCAUGACAAAAGGCCACACAUAGGCAGGUUAUGACUGAUCUAUUGUUAUGUAACAGCCUAUGGCAUUUGCUUUCUCAUUUAACGGGAUGUCAUUUGUGGGGGAUUUUACCAUGUAAAAACAAUACAUAGUUUUUUCUAUAAUACAACACGAUGUUUAUUCAACUGUUCAUAAACAAUACGAUCGGGUUGAAGAAUUCCAAGUCUUUCCUCGAUCUUCCUGUCAUCGCAGCACUACCCAUAGCAUUUCAGAAGAAACAAGUCACAUAUACAUAGAUUAAACAUAUGGGCCAAUUUUCCAGACCCAGAUUAAGCCUAGUCCUACACUAAAAACACACUUUCAUGGAGAUUCCUUAUUGAGAAAGAAGCUAGUCCUUGACUUAAUAAUCAAUCUGGGUCCAAGAAUACAGGCUGUGAAGUGAUAACUAAAUGGCAAUAUAAAAUAUGAGCAUAACAUUUAUUAAAUCAAAGACACCAAAUGAUGUUUUUUAUAACUGCUGUUGAAAAAAGAUGACUUGGCUAUAACAUAAAAGAGAGCAGGACACCU